AAACUCUUUAGCUGCUCAUUCAUUUAUUUAGAAUUAGGAUAUUUAUCUUCCAUUGACGUUUUUAUUUAUCUUCGAAAAUAUGUUCGGCUAGGUAGGUAAAAGAACUAGGUUAACAAGCCAAAAGCUUGCAAAAUUUUUUGUUAUGAAUAUUUCCCGUUAAGCUUUCAUCAUAUUGAACAUAUGCAUAUGUGAAAUAUCUUGAGAGGAACAUAGUUUAUUUAUGCUUUCAUGUUAUGAAAACUAUUAUGAUUUUUUCAUAAUCAUUGUUAUUUGCUUGCAUUAUCUGUAUAACUAAAUAGCCAAUUAUAAAUGUUUUAAGUGAUGUAAUGCCUAUGUAUCUUAAACACACAUAGGGUCUAUCUAGUUUGUCAUGCCCUCCAAAUUAGCUUGAUUAUAAUAUGUUUGACAUUAACAUACAUAAACACAACUUCCACUAAGUUAAACAAACCCAUAACAACCACUAAUUUAGGGUUCAAGUGUCAUGUAGAUCCAAAAUAAAGUUAUGUAUAAAACCUUUAAUUAAGCUGUAGUUGUCCAGUGCACAAAAUUUUUUUUAAUAAUUUUCCAGCCUCCUAAGAACAUAAUAACAUAUACCAUAAAGAUAUAAACUCUUAGCUAAUGAAGCUCUCUUCAUUGGGGAUAAUAUAGAUGCGUGAAAAAUACAUUAACAAACAAAACAAUUAAGGAUACUUAAUCAAAUGGUUCCUGGAAAUUCAUAAAUUUAUGAUAAUUUUCAGGCUAUUUGUUCCAUCCUAAAUUAUGUUUUCCAUGUUACAAAACUGAGAUAUAGCAAUGCAGUAGGUUUGAGGGUUAAAUGAUGUAGCAGGCACCUUAUAAGAAAAAAAUCCAAACGUCAACAUGCAAUAUGUUCUUCAUAUAGUAUAAGCAAAGAAUCAAAGCAGUUGUGCAAAAAGUUAUAGAAUGACACGGAGAAAUGGAGCGAUCUUUUUUCUCUCUCUAAAACUUUUCUCCACCAUCUCUCUAACCUAGUUUCAGCUUCAGCCAGCCUCGCUCCUCCCUGCUCCGGCGGCGGUGGUCCUUCUAGGUCGUCGUCGGAGGCUCGUGUCUUCUCUUUCUGUUUUGCUUCAUCGGCUUUUCCCUUCUCCCUUCGGUCUUGCCAAAGCCCUGGAUCUGUCCCCUCCGCCUCAGACUUCUCAUCUAUCCGUGAUAGAUCCGGUGGUUUGGUUCUCGCGGUAGUCGAUCUGGUGUGACGGCGACGAUUGGUGCAAGGGACUGUCGGUGGAGUCGGCUACGUGGGUGGUUGGUGCCGUAUGUAUCUUUGCUGGAGCUCCUGUAGUAGAUCUGUUGGUACCGAGGCGGUGUUCUAGAGGUUAGCGCUAGGACCAGCGUCGAUCCUCUCUCCCGCUUUCAGGUCGCUGGAUUUUCUCUCAGCUUUUUCCUGGAUCUAGGGUUCCGACCAUGAGAGCGACGGCGCAUGGAGUUUAGAUGAGAUUUCUACCCUGCGGUUCUUCAUUGUCACGCUUCCUUGGUGGCUCGAGUGAGGUUUGUGUUUCAUGGCUGGGUUUUUAUGUCUGGAUUUUUGGAUCCGUCCAGAGCCUCUUUACUUUUGGGAGAUCCUGUUGCUGGUUCUCAGUUAUGGGUGCGUGUGAGGUGCUUCUUCUUUCGGUGUUGUCGUCCGAGCUUGGAGGUUCCUGUGACAGUACGUAACGAGUCACGAGACAGCAUCCGCGUCUCAUUGGUGGUCUCUGUCUUCCAGAGUCGAGCUCUUGACUGUGGCAGCGCGUAAGUCUCUCUCUUUCCUGCAAUAAAGGCGUCAUCUUUUUGGAGUUGUAGCUUCUGUGAAAGCGGUAUGGUCUGUAGAGUGUGGAUAGGAGGUAGUUUGGCACUCGGUUCUCUUACUAGUUCGAAGGUUGCUCUUUUCCGGAGGAGGUGUGCCCGAUAUGUCUCACUGAUCCUCUUGUUCGGUGGGUUAAAUGGGUGUAUACGGUCUUGGGUUUGGAGGGUUGGAGGCAGCAAUCUCCAGUUCACCGUCCCGCACGACGGCACCGCCUAUCUGUGGACUCCUCCUCGUGCUGCCGGUGGGGCGAUGUUGAAUGGGUUUGCAGCAUCGUGAUGUAUUUCUUUGUGGUUGUGUUGAUGAUUGAGUCUCUUGGAAGCUGUAGGUCUUUACCCGUUGUUUCAAGGUUUGAGCCGCCUUUCUCUCUGGGAGCUCGCGGCAACUGAGAGCUUAGUCCCCUCACACUUCUCCUUUGGGUCAUCGUCUCUACGUUACCUCCGGUUCAUCUCUUAGACUAUUCUUCUUUGUAAUAGAAAGUGCAUUUUCAUUAUAGAUGCUUUGUUUAGUUUUAAUUUCUGCAAUUCCGUUUCUAGUCUUCUUCGUAUUUCUGUAAAAAAAAGAAAAUUUAGUAUAAUAAUCUUAACAUUUUACCAAAAAAAAAAAAAAAAAAAGUUAUAGAAUGACACUAAAAAUGGUAAAAAAAUGUGGAAGACACGCGCCAAAGUGUGCGUCGGUCGAAUCUAAUGAUUAACUCUCAACUGAAACAAAAAUAUAGCAAUGCAGUAGGUUUGAAGAUUAAAUGCAGUAGCAUGCACCUUAUAAGAGAAAAAUCCAAACCUGAAUGAAAUAACACUUUCAACAUGUUCUUCAUAUAGUAUAAGCAAAGAAUCAAAACAGUUCUGCAAAAAGUUAAUAGAAUGACACUAAAAAUGGUAAAAAAGUGGAAGACACGCGCCAAAGUAAGCGUCGGUCGAAUCUAAGAGCAGGAUUAUUGCAGGUGCUAAGAGGAGUGCUUAAGGGUGGGUUCCACCAAAAAAGGAGAAGCAGCGAUGCCAAAAACGCCAGAUCUGGCGCCGGUGCUUGAGCUGUAUCGUGGGCCCCACUGACACGUGGCGGCCCGCGAUUUGUUCGUUUUAAUUUUUUUUUUUUUUUUAAAUCAGAGAAAAAACCAAAAAAAAAAAAAAAUUAAACACCCCACUUGGGGGUGCUAGGGUUAAAGAUGCUCUAAUGAUCUUAACUCUCAACUGAGAAACAAAAAUAUAAAAGAAUCUUCUGAUGUCUCUUCAAGUCUUUGCCUCAAAAUCAAGAACUCUCUCUCCUUGUUCAUCAUCCCUUCUCAGAGAUUGCGUUACCUCUGGAUGUUUUAACUUCAUCUUCACCUUAUGGGCUUGAGCUAGAGAGUGAUGAUCUCAUUUGAAUAACUUGCCAUUUAUAGCCGGAGACUUUCUAUUUUGAGUGCUUUAAGUAUGAGAGAUGAUGAAGAAGAAGAGCUUCCCUCGCCGGAGGAGCUUAUACCGUUAUCUCAGUCUCUCAUCACUCCCCAUCUCGCCAUCGCCUUCGAUCUCCGAAGCACUCACCACCGCAAAAACGGCAGUUCCGGCCACCCUCUGCCUCAAACCACGCCGACACAAGCCAACUCCUCCGCCGGAGAUGAACCAGCCCGGACACUGAAACGGCCGCGUUUAGUAUGGACCCCGCAGCUGCACAAGCGUUUCGUAGACGCUGUGGCGCAUCUAGGAAUCAAGAACGCUGUUCCCAAAACCAUCAUGCAGCUUAUGAGCGUCGAGGGGCUAACCAGAGAGAACGUCGCUAGUCAUCUCCAAAAGUACCGACUUUACCUCAAGAGGAUGCAGUCCGGCGGAGGAAACGUCGGUGAGUCUGAUCGCCUCUUCGCGAGCUCACCUGUUCCUGCACAUUUCUUCCACCCGACAGGGAGACAAAGCUCCGACCAUUUCAUACCGUCUUUUGUCCCAAUGGCGGCUACUCUUACGCAUCAGCAGUUCCUCUACCGGCAAACACCCGCCGUGAAUUUCACCUCUCAGGCGAACAACAACGGGAAAGUGAUGGAACAAUCGUUGUUCUUGGCUAGGCAGAGUCAGCAUCAACCUGUUCUCAUCAGACCAUCUUCAUUGCAUCUACAAAGUCGAGUGGCUAAUUACGCAGAGGAUUUGGAAUUAGGAGCUAAGACGGUCUUGACACUGUUUCCAACUCGACAAGAUUGAAUUAAAAAACAAUUAUAAGAUUGGAACAUUCCUCAAAAUUAUAGUUCAACCUUUGUUUGUCUCUGUUUGUGCAAUGUAGAUCCGGUCAGUACAACAAGGCUAUGUGACUGGAUAUUUCAUGGUUAUGUAUUUUCUGUUUCAAAAUAUCUUUCAUGUAUAAGAUUUGAGUUUGGACGAAAAGAUUCACUUGAUUAUACAAAAGUACUUUACUCUGUUUCUUUCUUUUGUUUGUGUGUUUUUGCUUAUGGGUUUAGAUUUGUCUCCUAAAAGUUGUUUGUAGCUUUGAACCGAAUAUUUCAUAAAAGAAAUUGCACUCUCUUUCUUCUUGUGAAAUUCAAGAAUAUGAUACUAACCAAAUUCAUAUUGAAUGUUUGCAUAGCAAACCGAAAAAUGUAUCUAAUAUAUAAAUAUGUAUUGAUUGACCAAACCAUUGAUUGAAUCAUAGUACAUUGUACAUAGAACAUGAAGCAGCCAAAAAGCAAAGACUAGACAGUGCCAGGCAUAAUCUGAACCUCAAGAUCCGGUGCUCUCAUAUCCUUAAUCAUACCCUCUUUAUUUUAGUUACUUUUUAUUUCUGUACAUAGAAUCGGUUAUGGGGACCAAACCCAAUCAAGAUUUCUCUAUCUUAUAUAAUAAAGUUGGCUUGAGUCCCUCCUUAUGCUGCCACAUCAUCAGUAUGCAUAGGGCAUUUUUCGCUACGUGUCACUUCAUUAAAUUUUAAAUGAAAUCGAUUUUUUCGUUCUGAAUACCGAAACCCAUUAUGGGCUCUACGACAGCAGGACUUCUGUUUGGGCUUAUAUCAUGUUGUUUUCUCAGGCUCAAUGGUUUUGUGUGUGAGCUUACGAUCCCUCUUCUGCUUCCUGUAAUCCAAGAUUAGGGUUUCUGUAAUCGAAGAGCUUACCAUCUCUCUUCCACUUCCUCGGCCAAGUAACUCUCGGGAGUUAUGUCAUUCAAUGAGAAAACCCAAAAAUCCCAUGAACUCUUCUUUAUUGCUGCCUUUAUUUGUUGUUCAGUAGCUAUCUUCAGCAUCUAUAUAUAUUUUCGAUGUGGCUUCCCCGUUUCCCAUAGUCUCCGCCUAUUACUUCUGGACUGAAACUCUCAAACAAGAUCUUCAAAAAUGGCAACUUCCAGCUACACUUUUUCGAGUUGAAGACAGGCCGGUGAAAUGAUAUUGUUCAGACGAGACUUCUCCGUUUUUGGGCGUCUCAGAAUGUGAAGAAAGGAGGUCAAUUGAUGAGCAUGGAUAUGCUACUGCUUGAUGCCAAGGUGACGAUGGUUCAGGGCUUCAGGCAUCAAGAAAUGUACACCGGCUGAACAUCUUCUAACAGUUAUUGAGUGACAAGAAGCAACCGAAACGUCUUUAUGGAGAUAUCCGAAACGGUUCAAACCAAUCCCAGUGGAGCACUUCAGAUUUCUGAAUUAUGACCAACUAAUGGUACGAGCCAACACCAAUUCUGAUUUACCAGAUAUUGUUGGCCAAGUAAAGAGGACUAGAACUACAUACAGGGAAGGAGACUCAGAGUACAACACAUGAUGAUUACCAUAAGCAUCAAAAGGAUUGGCGAAAGCUCUUGAUGAAAUGAGAAUUUCUAUUGAACCGAAGGUGGUGGUUGCCACAAACUUCAACCCUAAAUUGAGAGUCGGCUCUUCCUGAAUGCAACCUCUCCAAUCCAUUUCUAUUUUAAUAAUGACAGUGGUGCAGGUAAAAGUUAUCUUGAGAGGUAAUGACUUUCACCACUAUUUUCUACAUAAGGAGAAAACCUUAAUAGUCCAAACCCACUGACUGAAAGCGGUUCUUAUUUAGGACAUGUGGCAUUGGAAAAGGCUCGACCUCCAGCCCUACAAAAUAUGGGGGUGUUGAGAAGAUUGAGAAACUAAAAAAAUAAGCAAAUCAAUAUGUAAACAUAUUUAGGAACUAGAUGUAACCAAAGAUAUAAAACUCCGCGCAAAAUAAAACAUCAUUUGUUGUUACAUAAUAUAUACUAUAUAUUAUUAUUUAAGGUAUUAUUGAAACUAUUUAUAUAUUGCUUUAAGAUAUAACUUUUAAUAAUUUUAUCACAUUACAUUUGAUUUGCAAUUGAUUUAGUUUGGAGAUGGGUGUAUUAAUUUAUUCUCGUGAAAAUUAGUGUAUUAAUUUAUUCUCGUGAAAAUUAGUUAUUGUAAUAAUAUUAAAAUCUGAUAAUCUUAGAAAUAAAAUAUUAGUUAUUUUUACCUUAGAUUUUCUUCAACUAUAUAAAACUGAAAUAUAAAUCAAAUAGAAAAAUAUAAAUAUUUACUUUUUUCUUAAUUUCUAAAUUUAAUAAUUUUGUGUUCUCUAACAAAAAAAUGUUAGUGGUCUUUUCAACUCAAACCAACAAAAUUUAAUAAAAUUUACAAUAUACUUUUAGAAUAAAAAUAGAUUACAUUUAUAUUUUAGUAACAAAAUAAAUUUAAAUUGAAAUAUUUUAAUAUAAAAUCAUUUUAGUUUAAAAUCACCCGCCCGUAGGGCGGGACAACCCCUAGUUAACUAUAUAAUUAGAUGAAAAAAGGAAACUAUAGGUUAUCAUUGGAUAGAAGGGGAUCAAUUAAAAGCAAUGAUGGUGUAUUUAUUAGCUGGCAUGUUCUGAUCUGCUUCUAUAAAAGUCAAUGCCCCCUAUAAAACUCUUCAUAAUUAUUACUUUAUUUUUAGUAGAAAAAGUUAAAUGGCAUAAUAACAAACACAUUUUUAAUUAUUAAUAAAUCUAUAAAUAGUUGAAUAAAAUUUUAGGUCUUAGAUUCCCUUGGUAGAUUUAAUUUGAAUUUGACAAAAAAAAAGAUUUAAUUUGAAUAGAUGAAACAGAGCAAACUGCCGCUUAGAAAUGAAAGCUUUCAGAUGGGAUUUUGAUGCAAAAGCUUGAUAAUGUUAAUAUAAUUUGUAACAACAGAGUAAAAAUGUCUUGUGCGGCCAAUGUUUUCAACAAGAGCAGAA